CCGCCAUUUUCUUUGAGUUUGAGUUUGUGCUUAUGAUUUGAGCAUAACCUAAACACACUGAUGCGAUAUUUUUAGACAUAUUCAGCACAUAAAUAAAAGCGAAUCAUUUGUUUUCAUAAGAAACAAUACAGUUUUACUUAGUUUAAAAUGUUGGAUGGAUGGUACUGCCGAUCUAUUGCCAAUGAACAGGCGGCUGCGGAAGAACAAGAACGAAUUUUAGAAGAAAACAAGCUGAAAAAGCAAUACAAAUUCCUUAAAACCAAAUUAAAACAUUUACUAUAUGAAAAUGAGUGCUUUCAAACUGCAUUAAGGUCAUCACAGAAGAGAUUACUAAUGGUCACUAAAGACAGAAGUUUUCUUUUGGAUCGAUUAGUACUCUUUGAGAAACCUGAAAACUCAUCAACAGACUCUGAUGAUACUGAUUCAUCUGAAGAUGAAACACCAAAGCCAGAGCCCAAUAAAAAAAGAAAAAUAGAUCCAAGCUCACAUAAUAAUCAUCUACCUCCAUCAAGUGGGAAGACCAUCCCAGCAGCAAAAAAGAAAAGAUCACCAGCUCAAAGACCACCCAAACAACCCUCAAAUCACAAUACCCAGGUGAAUAAUAUCAGCACUGCUGUGCACAUGAAUAAUGUGUCUAUGUCUGAUGGACACAUGACACCUGAAGAAGUAGAGAGGCACUUGCAAUCAAGACAAUCAUUCUUGGAGUUGGAAAGAGCACCUUUAACAGUGCCCACUGAAAUGUUUAGUAAUGAACCAUCUCUAGACAGUGAAUCUAAUGAUAUUGGAGAAUUGGAGACCUCUCCCAGUAAUAUUGGUGAAGAACUUAGUGUGGAUAUGAUUGUGGAAUAAACUUAUAGAUUUAAUUUUAAUUUAAAAAUAUAAUGACCUACCUACUUAUCUAAA